AUGAAGAACAUGAUAAUAGUCAUGUUUAUAAUAUUUGGUAUUUCAGAAGCACGACUGAAAGUAGGGUUCCACAGAAAAACAUGCCCAGACGCCGAGUCCAUUGUUGGUGGGUUUGUAAGGGAUGCAGCUCAGUUUAACCCACAGAUUCCUGCUUUCAUGCUCAGGCUUCACUUUCAUGACUGCUUUGUUCAGGGUUGUGAUGGGUCAAUUCUAAUAGAUAAUGGACCAAUUUCAGAAAAGCUAGCAGUAGGGCACCAAGGAGUGAAGGGUUUUGAUGUGAUAGAGAAUGCAAAAGCUCAGUUGGAGUUUGUUUGCCCUGGUGUUGUUUCUUGCGCCGAUAUUGUUGCCAUAGCUGCUAGAGAUGCUGUUGCUUUUACUUUUGGUCCAAUUUAUGAAGUUGAAACCGGCAGGAAAGAUGGGUUUGUUUCCAAUAUCUCAUUGGCUGACAAUAUGCCUGAUUUCAGAGACUCAAUUCAUCUUCUCAAAAAGAAGUUCUUUGACAAAGGUCUCACUGAGAAAGACCUCGUGGUUCUCACUGAUUCGAUGGGUGCACAUACUAUUGGUACAACCGCAUGCUUCUUCCUUAUGGACCGACUCUACAACUUCGUGCCUGGUGGGGGUCCGGAUCCAAGUAUAAAUCCGGAUUUCCUACCUGAACUUAUGGAAACUUGCCCACCGGAGGGAGACAUAAACUUUAGGUUACCGAUUGAUCAUGAUAGUGGAGAGAAUUUUGACAAUGGGAUCCUACAAAACAUUAGGAGCGGCUUUGCAGUGCUACAAUCAGAUUCAAAGCUCUUGGAUGAUCCAGAGACCAAGCAAAUAUUGGAUUCGUACUUCGGGUCUACUAACCAAUCGUCUUUUGAAGCAGAUUUUGUGACGUCCAUGGUGAAAAUGGGUCGUGUUGGAGUUAAGACCAGUUCAAAAAGAGGAGAAAUUAGACGUGUGUGUAACACGUUUAAUGAUUAA